AUGCCUCUCACAGAACCGCCCACCCACCCCCUUCCUGCUGUGCCACCCCCUCCCCUCAUUAUAGCUACCUGGAGGGGCUCCAACAGCAACGGCAGCACCCACAGCCAAGCUCCACUCAGUUUGAGCUCCCCUCAAUUUGCUGGUCACCCCUCACAUCCCACCUCUGCUUUGCUUCCAGGGGACUUGCUGAAUGAAGCAGAGAGGGAGCAGCAGCUGAGCAACCCCCCAGGCUCUGCAUGGAUUGGAAUGGGGAAAGCUGCCUGCAGUAAGAGCCCAGGGCAGCUGGAAAGCUCCAGCUUCUUGCUCCGAGCUCUCUUCCUCCUCCUCCUCUGCAGGCAUGUGUCUCCCCAGUGCAAGAUCCUGCGCUGUAACUCGGAGUACGUGGCGGCCACGCUGAGCCUGGGCUCGCCGCGGGGCGCGGGGCACUGCCAGGCGCUGCGCUCCUACUCCCGCUGCACGCGCCGCACGGCCCGCACCUGCCGCGGCGACCUGGCCUUCCACUCCGCCGUGCACGGCAUCGAGGACCUCAUGAUCCAAAACAACUGCUCCAAGGAAGGGCCCACGUCCCCGCCCCGGCCCAGGCCCCCCGGCGGCCACCACCGAGGCUUCGGGCCGCUCGACGUCUGCGACUACGAGAAGAGUUUCGUGCACAAGCACGGGCGGCGCCCCAGCUACCGGCACUGCGCCGCCUUCGGGGACCCCCACGUCCGCACCUUCCAGCACGACUUCCACACCUGCAGGGUGGAGGGCUCCUGGCCUCUCUUGGACAAUGAUUACUUGUUUGUGCAAGCCACCAGCUCGCCGGUGGCAAAGGGCUCCGAGGCCACGGUCACCAGCAAGCUCACCAUCAUCUUCAAGAACAUGAAGGAAUGCAUCGACCAGAAGGUUUACCAGGCCGAGAUCGACAACGUGCCGGCGGCCUUCGAGGACGGCUCGGUGAACGGCGGCGAGCGGCCGGGCGGCAGCAGUUUGACCAUCCGGGAGCGGAGCCCCGGGCGGCACGUGGAGAUCCGCGCCGACUACAUCGGCACCACCAUCGCGGUGCGGCAGGCGGGCCGCCAGCUCUCCUUCUCCAUCCGCGCGGCCGAGGAGGUGACGCGCGCCUUCCCGGCCGAGCAGGACCUGCAGCUGUGCGUGGGCGGCUGCCCCCGCGCCCAGCGCAUCUCCCGCAGCCAGCGCCGCGGCGCCGCGGCCGAGGCCGCCAGGGCUCUGUGCAAGGCCACGCUGCCCGUGGAGGAUCUUUACUUCCAGUCCUGUGUCUUCGACGUGGUGACCUCCGGGGAUGCCAACUUCACCAUGGCGGCUCAGGGGGCGCUGGAAGAUGCCAGGGUGUUCCUCCCGGAUGCUGAGAAGCUGCACAUCUUCCAGGCUGGGGCGGGGUGCCCACGCGCCUCUUCUUCCUUCCUCCUCCUCCUCCUCCUCACCGCUGCUCUUUGGGCCGUCUCGGUGCGCUUUUAACUCUGGCUGGCACCUCACG